UGAGCAAAAUCAAACUAAGAUAGUAACCUUUCCUAUUGCUGAAAACCAGAAAAAAAAUGUUAAGUUCUCAGAUUCAGAAGCUAAGUGCUGCAAAACCCUAUUCUCUUUUACCACCAAAACCCUGUAUCCAUGGAGGAAAGGCUUCUUCUGUGGCUCCUUUUAGGCAGCAAAAGUGUAACCCUAAAAAGCAUCAGAAUAGAAGCUUAAGUGUACGUGCAAGCAUCAUUGAUAAGGCCAUUUCAGCAGUAACACAUAAAUUAGUGAUUACUGCCACUGUUACAGUUAAAGUAACAGUUGGUGGGAUCAUUUCUAGUAUUGGUAUAACUCAGCCUCUUGAUGAGUUGACUGAUAUUAUCGGUAAAAGUCUUCUUUUGGAGCUUGUUAGCGCAGAGCUUGAUCCAAAAUCGGGCUUGGAGAAGGAUCCAGUGAAGUCAUAUGCUCAUAUUCAUCUGGGAACCCAUAAGCCUGGUGAGGUGAAAUUAGAAGCAAAAUUCACGGUGCCAGCAGAUUUUGGUGAGGUCGGAGCUGUACUUGUAGAGAAUGAACAUCACAAGGAAAUCUUUAUCGAGAGCAUAGUUCUUGAAGGCUUCCCUAUUGGCCCUCUUACAGUUUCUUGCAAUUCAUGGGCUCAUUCCAAGCAUGAUAACCCCAAGAAGAGAAUUUUCUUUACCAACAAGUCCUACUUACCAUCUGAUACACCAGAUGGACUGAAGAGGCUAAGGGAAGAGGAAUUGGAAAAUUUAAGAGGAAACGGACAAGGCGAGAGGAAGUCAUUUGAAAGGAUCUAUGACUAUGAUACAUAUAAUGACCUUGGUGAUCCUGAUAGUGACCCUGAUUUAAAGAGACCUGUUCUUGGUGGUUCAGAACAUCCAUACCCCAGGCGCUGUAGAACUGGACGUCCACGCACCAAAACAGACCCAUUGUCAGAAUCAAGAACCAGCGACAUAUAUGUACCAAGAGAUGAGGCCUUUUCAGAAUUGAAAUCAGCAACCUUUAGCAUAAACACAGUGAAAUCUCUAUUACAUGCUUUGGUGCCCUCAAUAGAGACUGCAAUUGUUGAUAAAACCCUUGGAUUUCCUUAUUUUACUGCCAUCGACACAUUAUUUAACGAAGGAAUUGAAUUGCCUAAAGACACUGAAAAACCUUGGUACCUUCAAACACUUUUGCCAAGAACAGUGAAAACUGUUAAGGAGACUGGAGAUGAAAUCUUACGUUUUGAGACUCCUGAAAUGUUUGACAGAGAUAAAUUUGCUUGGUUUAGAGAUGAAGAAUUUUCUCGCCAAACUCUUGCUGGUCUUAAUCCAUUUGGUAUUCAACUAGUUACGGAGUGGCCCCUAAAGAGUGCACUAGAUCCUGAAGUCUAUGGUCCACCUGAAUCAGCAAUCACAAAAGAAAUAAUUGAACAGGAAAUCAGAGGGUUCAUGACUGUUGAUGAGGCAUUAAAGCAAAACAGAUUAUUUAUAUUGGAUUACCAUGAUUUGCUCUUACCAUAUGUGGCUAAAGUGAGAGAGCUUGAAGACACCACAUUAUAUGGUUCACGGACAUUGUUCUUCCUUGUGAAUGACAGCACAUUAAGGCCUGUUGCUAUUGAACUCACUCGCCCAAAAAUUGGUGACAAGCCGCAGUGGAAGCAAGUAUUUACACCUAGCUUUGAUGCAACUAGUUGUUGGCUAUGGAGGCUGGCCAAAGCACAUGCCUUGGCUCAUGACUCUGGCAUCCACCAGCUUGUCUCUCACUGGUUGAGGACACAUGCUUGUGUGGAGCCAUACAUAAUUGCAGCUAAUAGGCAGCUCAGUGAAAUGCACCCAAUCUAUAGACUCUUACAUCCACAUUUCCGAUACACAAUGGAAAUCAAUGCUCUUGCUCGAGGAAAGCUGAUCAACGGAGGUGGAAUAAUUGAAAGCACUUUCAAUCCUGGCAAGUACUCCCUUGAGCUUAGCUCUGUUGCUUAUGACAAGCUCUGGCGUUUUGAUACAGAAGCAUUGCCGGGUGAUUUGAUUAAAAGGGGAAUGGCAGUUGAGGAUCCUACAGCAAAGCAUGGACUGAAGCUGACAAUUGAAGACUACCCGUUUGCAAAUGAUGGUUUAGAGCUUUGGGAUGCAAUUAAGCAGUGGGUUACUGAUUAUGUGAACCAUUACUAUCCAGAAGCAAGCCAGGUCAAGUCUGACAAUGAGCUGCAGGCAUUUUGGGAAGAAGUUCGAACUAAAGGCCAUGGAGACAAGAAAGACGAACCAUGGUGGCCUGUCCUGAACACCCAAGUAGACCUAAUCCAGGUUUUGACAACCAUAAUUUGGGUAACUUCAGGUCAUCAUGCAGCAGUUAAUUUUGGGCAGUAUGUGUAUGCCGGGUACUUCCCCAACAGGCCAACAAUGGCUAGAACAAAUAUGCCGACUGAGGAACCAUCAGAGCAGGAGAUGGAACUCUUCUUGAAAAAGCCAGAAUACACAUUGUUAAAAUGCUUCCCAUCACAGAUUCAAGCAACUAAAGUAAUGGCUGUUUUAGAUGUUCUAUCAGGCCAUUCACCUGAGGAGGAGUACAUUGGUGACACAUUAGAACCAUCAUGGGAAGCAGAUCCUGUCAUUAAGACUGCAUAUGAAAGAUUCAGUGCAAGACUGAAAGAGCUUGAAGCUAAUAUUGAUGAGAAAAACAAUGAUUUGAAAUAUACCAAUAGAGCUGGGGCCGGAGUUGUUCCUUACGAGCUCUUGAAGCCAUUCUCUGAAGCUGGGGUCACUGGGAAAGGAGUCCCUAAUAGCAUUUCCAUUUAAUUUAAUUAUCAAUGCAUUAUAUGAACUCUGAAAUAAAUUUGUUAGUUGCAAGUAUAUGUUGAAAUAAAAUAAUUCUGGUCGUGAAAUA